AACAUUCUUCACUGUAAUUGUAUCUGUGCUGUAAACUGAGCAAUCAUCUGAAAAUCUUAUUUAGGCAGCAGGGUUCCAGAUGAGCUUAAUUAUGCUAAUUUUAAUUUAUGUAAUUUAAUUUCAUUUUAGUGGGAAAAUACUUGUUAAUUCACUUCUCUAGUUAGUAGUAGCUUCUAAAGCAAGCCUUAUUGUUAUAAUUAUGGAGAAAAAAAUUUUCACGGCGGCCAGAGAACAUUUCCUGGAUUGAGACUUGUCACCUCACAAGCCUCACUGAGGAUACCAAUGUCAUCCAGAUCUGACAGCAGAAGAGAGUAUGAAACUAGUGACCAGUUGACUGGUUGUUCAGCAGUCCCAGAGUCUAGUGAGAUUGAGCCUGGAGGCUUGAUAUUUUAUCACAUGGAUCUGUAUGGCUCAAAGGAGAGGUUUGAUAUCUUUCCUGAAGAGCUAUCUGCUCAAGGAGAAAGAUCUCUGGGGGAUACGAGAAGGGAAUCUGCACUGAGUAGUGAAAAAUUUCAGCAGUCGCAAGAAGCUGGAUAUGACUUGGAAAAGGAGGUUGCAGAAUUGGCUAAAAUGUAUGGACUUGAUGAGGAUAGAGAAAAAGAGCUUGAGCUUCUUGGAGGACGUCUGGAGAUGGCGGAGAGCAGAUGGCCAUCUGCUCACACAGAAAAAGCAAGAUCACAAGGCUCUGUGUAUAAUGCAUCAAAAAGCAGCUCUUCAGUGAAAGAUCAAAGUCAAAGCACAAAGCAACGGGGACUUCCUGGCAAGGCUUCUCAAGAUGAAGAUGAGAGCAAAGCCAGAGCAGAAGAUGAGGCCGAGAGCCCCAUACGGUCCGGAGAGGGGCUUAGCACCAGUGGCAUUUCAGAUGAGUGGAACAGUCAGGCUGUCAGUGAGGAGGAGGAAUCAGGGGAUGUUUUUUGUUCUACCUGCAAGAUACCAAUCCGAGCUUUUGACAAACUGUUUGGUGAGCACAAGGAUCACGAGGUGACUAAGCUCCCCAAUGCCAUGGAAAGCGAAAAGGAGGAGAUUCAUAAAAACAUGUGCAAGUUGGAAGAGCAGAUUGCUCAGACGGAAAACUUUGCCAGUCACUUGGAGGAAAUCUUCAUCACUGUAGAGGAAAACUUUGGGAGGCAGGAGGAGAACUUUGAGGUGCAUUACAAUGAUGCAGUGCAAGUGCUUGCUCAGAAGUAUGAAGAACAGUUGGAAGCACUGGGGGAAGAAAAGAGGCAGAAGCUGGAAGCAUUAUAUGGGCAGCUGGUCAGUUGUGGGGAACAUCUUGACACCUGCAAGGAGCUGACAGACAUAACCCAGGAGCUUUACUUGGAAAACGACAAAGCCAAUUUUAUGAAGGCAGCAAUAACCAUGGUUGACAGGCUGGAAGAAUUCUUAAAAAAAGAAGUGGAUUUAGAGCUUUCAACAGUGCCAGACUUUGAAGAGCGGGUCAUGGAUUUCUCUGAAGUUGAGCAACUAAUGAACUCCAUUAAUAUUAUUCCAGCUCCUUGUGCCCCUGUGAUCAAUCCCCAGGCUCCCAAUGCAGCAACUGGCACCUCACUAAGAGUUUGCUGGAGCCUCUUCUCAGAUGACACUGUCGAGAGCUACCAACUGAGCUAUAAAACAGUGAACAAUGAGAGGCGCAGUGACGAACAACCAGAGCAUACACUGAAAGUCAAAGAAACAUACUGCACCAUUACUAACCUGCUGCCAAAUACACAGUAUGAAUUUUGGGUCAGUGCUUUAAAUGCCUCUGGUAUCAGUCCACCAAGUGAGAGAACAGUUUAUGUAACAGCUCCUUCACCACCUACCAUAAAGAGUAAAAAGAUUCGAAGUUGUGAAAACGCAGCACUGGUAUGCUGGGAAUCUGGAGACAUUAACCCUGUUGAUUCCUACACAGUUGAAUUGUCCAAGCUGGCAGAUGAGGAAAACGGUGAUACUAUUACUGAAUCAGUUGUGGGGAUUCCUAACUGCGAAGUCCUAAUUCACCUCCAGCCAACACAAAGCUAUCACAUCUGUGUUAGAGCCCUAAACCUGGGUGGUUCCAGUGAAAGAAGUGACCCUGUCCUGAUACAUACCACAGGCACCUACUUCUGCCUUAAUGAGGACACAGCCCAUCCUUUGCUGGCGAUUCUAGAUGAUGGAUUUACAAUUGCAUGCGAUGAACUGGAAAACCCAGAGUGUGAUCUGCCCGUCUAUGAUAACAGCUUUACAAGGUGCAUUGGGAUCCUGGGCAGUCUGAUUCCAUUUCCAGGAAAGCAUUACUGGGAGGUAGAAGCUGAGGAAGAUACAGAGUACAGAAUUGGUGUGGCUUUUGAAAACACUCCAAGACAUGGUUAUCUGGGGGCAAACAACUCGUCCUGGUGCAUGAGGCAUAUCAUCACACCAUCAAGGCAUAAAUAUGAAUUCCUACACAGUGGGAUGACACCAGACAUCAGAAUUACUCUCCCCCCUAGAAGGAUUGGCAUCUUGCUGGACUAUGAGAACUGCAGACUGUCAUUUUUCAAUGCAGCUAUUACCCAGCACCUGUACACAUUCAACUCGCACUUCCAGCAUUACGUUCACCCCUGCUUUGCUUUGGAAACACCCGGUAUCUUACGGAUACGUACUGGAAUUGCAGUACCCCCAUGGACUGCCCUCCCAUAACCUCCGUUCUACAGCUACCAUACCUACAUUUAACCUGCAGUGAGCAAUGUCCUCUUCAAGCAUUAACUGCUCCAUCACACUCCCUGUAAACCAGCUAUCUCCCAAGAAAGAGCAAAGCUACCCUAACCCACACCAGCUGCCAGGUCUAAGCCCUUACAAUUUCUGUCCUCUUGGGCAGGAUCUUAGUCGAAAACCGUUAUGGUCACAAUUCCAUCAGCAUCCCAAAAUACUCCAGUUGGAAAUGGGUACCAUCCUCAGAGGUGACACUGUCCCCAUGCAGCAAUGGCAGCUGGAUCAGUGGUUCCUCCAGCGCCCAUUUGAUGCCCAGCAAACCCCCCUGCUCCAGAGCAUUCAUUAAUUCCACUCCUGUGUUUGCUGAAGAGCUAAAAAUUCAAAGAAAACCAAAAAUAGCAAAAGGCAUAAUCACAGUACAGCUGCUAGACCGAGCUGAAAAUACUCCAACCACGAAGCUGAUUCACAAUCAAGUAGUCUUGUUGCUACAUGAAGUCUGUGACACAAGAUAACCAAAUACGCCUCCCCUAUGUGUGAACUGUUAGUGCCUACCAUGCACAGGGAGGCUUUUUGACAAGCACUGGUCUCAAGUAAUAAAAGACAUUUUUACAGAA